AUGAGGAUGCGGCAAAUAUUGUUCUGCUGGCAGGAGAUUUUGACCAUAAUAGGAACCGAUUCUGUUCCUCCGCAGGAAUGGGAUAUAAUUUUCCGUCGAUAUCUUAAGAGCUGGAAAAAUCCGUAUUACAUCCAAAGCAGCAUUGAUCCUAAGAUUUCCAUAAGGACGGAAUUCUUGGUCAGACCGAGAAAACUUACUACGGAAACCUCUCAAAAAUCGGUGGCUAUAGAUUCGAAUACCGCAGUGCUUUUUGAAUCUGAUAACUCUAACGACCGUUCCAAUACCACAGCGCCUUCUCGUCAUAAAACUCUUAAUCUCGCUGAGCGCCACGAUAGCAAAGAGGAUUCCCCUUCCUGUAAAGCUCCCCGUCUCAGCAAGCGUCGUGAUACAAUAGCACAUUCGCCUUCUCUGAAAUCUCAUAAUCUCAGCAAGCGUCGCGAUACAAUAGCGCACUCGGCUUCUGUGCUUAUUGGUGAAGAACAAGAAAUAUCAAGUGUUCCUCGAAACCUAAGUGAAUCCGAAUAUGUUAAACUCUGGAAACGGAAAAAGAUCUUAGGAUCAAGUGCUGGUUCUCUUAAAGCUUAUUCCACACAGCAAAAUUAUAUGUGUUCUUCGUCAGAUCUUAAAACAGUGGAUCCCAUUACGCGCCGAUAUACAUGUUCUCAGCAAGAUGUUUCCUCGUACAAAAGCCGAAAACCAACCAGUGCUAGUACUUCUUCAUCUUCCUCUAAGCAUAAUGAGUCAUGUUUGCAGCCAAAUCUUAAAAUAUCCAAUUACCCGACACAAGCUCUUGUCUCAAAUCCCAAUCAACAAAACGCAUGUACCUUCCCAGAUGUUCUCGCCUUGAAUCCCUCGAAGCCAUGUGUUCAAACAGAUACUCCAAAAUAUGAAGCACCCAAACCCACGAAGAAUUCAGUCUUUAAACCAAUGUCGCAUAAUCUUUUAAUAGAUUCAAGCGAAGAAUUAAAUGACCGACUUCCUCUUUCCGAAUGGUUGAUAAAAAAGAAAAUUAAUAAACCGAAAACUGAAUCCCGGGGUCCUUUAAAAAAAAAGUCGUCUUCUCAAGAUUCCCAUCCUGAGAUUCCAAAACGUAAAAGAGGACGCCCCUCGCUUCUGGAGAAGGCCCAGCAGGCCAGGCUCCAGGCAGAGCUUAUGAAAACAAAGCAUUUUAACGAGAUGACCUAUCCACCAUCCAAAUCUAGUUCGAUCAUGAAGAAUAAGCUUCUUCCGGAGAAAGCAAUAAUGAAACCAAAAGCGAAGAAGGCUCAGGCGAAUCCACUGCAAAAAGCUUCUAAACGGCAGUGCAAAGAAAUGCAACGGAGGAUGCCUAAAGCACGACCGAAUAAAACAACAAUAAUCCAGAAGUUGCAGGAAAAUCCGCAGACAUCCACGCAAGAAGAGAUCAAUAAGGAAAUGCAAAACUUUUCAAUGCCAUCUGGAAAGCAGCAGUCCUCCAAGUCUCGACAUCACUACGAUCCAAAGUUAGCAUCCCACAAGGAAAGGACCAUAUCAAACGUUAGCGUAAAAUUAAAAACCGCACAAACACCAUUGAUGCCAACCCACAAGCCACUCACUGAAAUAGAAAUGAAAAAAUUAAAACGGCCAGAAAUCGAUGGAUCCGUUGGAAAGGAUAUGGACUCACAAAUCAGUUUUAUUACGGGCCGUUCGAGGAGGAUUCAUAACCAUCUUUACGAGCACAACUACAACAUGCUGGUCGACGAGCAUAAACUCCAGAGACUAAAGGUAGAUGCGACCAACAAAAUGGAUGUAGAUCACCUAGUGGACGAUGCCAUGGAGUUGACUAGUCCUGUGGGCUGCAGCGAACCCACCCAGGAUGGGAUCCACCUCAGAAACGAUAGUAGGUUUGAACUGCUUGACUCACCAAUAGAGAUAUUUCGUGAAGGGGACGAGAUUGAACGCUGCCUGAAGAACUUCAACAAUAAAACGCCCAGCGAAAUUGAUAGUCAGAUGGCCCAUACUACAAAGUUUUUCGAACAACUGCCAAGUUUGUCGACGGUAGAGAUGGAAAAUUCUGAUUUGAUAGUCCCAUUUAUCGGAGAAAACGUAGAGUUGAAGGACGACGACGACGAUGAUGACGAUGUGCUCUCCGUGGCUGCUUCGUGGAAUGGGCUCGACGAUGAGAGUAUAUCUGAGCCCAAACAGAUUGAGAAAUCCAAAACUGUAGCGAAGAGAUCAAAACCCAUUUUAAAUCCAGCCAAAGAAACAUUGAAGACAAAUGUUACAGAAGAAGUAUCAAAUGUGGAAAAGGCAAAUUCGUUUCGAAUACCAAAAAUAAAUGCCGAGGAGUUGAAAAUUCAGCCUUCAGUUAUGCGUUCUUUCUACGAGCAGGAGGAGUUGAAAAAUAAAAAGAAAAUAGAUGAUAAGCCUGCGUCACGGGUGGAUACUCCUCCAAUUUUAUCUAUUUGCAAGCAGCGCGAAGAGUCAGCAUCUGCCCGAAGAUCUAAAGAAUCGAUCCCAGUAUUCGCGCCACCCUUUCGUGUUCCACCUCAAUCGAUUGAUAACAAUAACCAGCAGCACGUCAUCCCACUGUUACCCCUUGCCACGUCACCAUCCAAACUACAGGACAUCUUUUGGCUAAAAGACGUCCUAGGAGUCAAAUGCAUGCCAUCUCUGGAGAACAGGUGUCGAUCGUUCAACUGCGACCAUACAUUGACCAUUCUGGACGAAGUUCAUAAACGAUUGAUCAGGAUGGAUGAAGAGACGUUGGUGAACAUCUAUCGACAAACAGUGAGAAGCAUUUUUCUGUUCCAGACCUACUUCAUCUGCUUUGUAGAUGUCUUUGAACUUCGCCAGCUUUGGCAUCAUCUGCUGAACAUGCUGUCCGACUGCCGCUUGUACAAAGUCAUUGCUGCUCCUCUGCUCUCCCAUGCCUAUGGAGCUCUUCAUAAAGUCGGUAUGCAGAAAGAGGCAGUUAAGCGCAUCAUGGAGUAUGUGUGGCUUCCAGUCAAAGCUCAUAAAUUUCGAGAUAUGACCCUUAUGAUACUGGGUAUUGUAUCUAACGCCAACUGGGAGGAUUAUUACGAUAAGCUAAUUGACCUGGACAAGAAUUUCAAUUUUGAUAUACCCCUGGAGAAUUUGAUAACGAUACUGCAAUCAUCUAUAAGCCGUGGAGACAAAUUUAUGAAAGCCGCUGCUCUGAUAACCCUUCAUCCGCAGGCUAUUUGUAAGAAUGAAACUAUUAUGUCGAUUUUGUCAAAUAUGUCGAAUAUGGUAAAUAGGAGUGAUAGCUUAAGUCAGAGCCCGCCAGGUAUGGUUCCCAAUCCUUCUUCGCUUAUCACUCCACUUGCUGCUGGCCAGCAGUGUCCUGCACUUAAACGACAUUCAACGGUAACUAGUUUUAAAGAGCCCCCAAGGCUCGUACACAACUCUAAUGGAAGCAAUAGUUCUCAUAACUCCAAUGACUACACUAACAGUUCGACUCAGUCACACAAUCGAAUGUAACUUUAUAUAUAUUAGAAUUAAUAUUAAGCUGUUAUUCUUCACCCGACAACACGAAAAUAAUCUACUUGUUACAAAUAUUUUGUAUUGAUGUGAUGGAAAUUUGAAUACUUCAUUUAAUAAAAAUGGAUCUUUUUAAUAA